UGACAAGAGGGAAUACGCUUAGUAUCUUAUAUUCAUUUACAUACUUGCACAGUCUGGUUGAACUUUAUUUACAAACAAUGUAAUGUAAAAAAUUAUAAGUGUUUGUGUUUAUAAUGUCUCUUGGCUCUAAAUUUCCAAAUUAUUAGUUCACACUGUCCAAUGGCGAUAAGCUCGUCAAUAUCUGUUUCAUUUAACUGAGCAACACCAAGUCAAAAGCGUCUCACGCAAUCCAGGUGCAUUAUUACUCAACAUAAAUUGCACAAAAGAUCGCGGGCAUAACAUUGGAUAAACAGGUUUAACUCAAAGCGACUUAACAUCUAUUGUGAAAUUUAGCUGCCACAAUAUGGAGUCGUUUUUAAGCCUAUUCGAUCCGAAUCAGCCAGACGAUGGCUUCGACGAGGAGCACGAGCUAAAUGGCAACAGCAGCGGCAGCAGCGAAUAUGAGGUGGAUGGAAAUGUCAAUGAGAGCAACAACAGUAGCAACAACAACAACACUACAAGCAAUGUUAAAAGCAAUCUAAUCUUUGACUUUGAGCAGGGAGUCCUACCUCCGGAGCCGCAGCUGGGCAAUGUAGAGUAUAAGCUCAAAUUGGUAAAUCCGUCAAAGCAACGAUUUGAACACUUGGUCACUCAAAUGAAAUGGCGUCUACGUGAAGGUCAAGGUGAGGCCAUCUAUGAGAUCGGUGUCUCUGAUGCGGGCCACCUGCAGGGCCUUAGCGAUAAGGAUAUGAAUGCAUCUCUUACCACGCUCAAGCAUAUGGCUCAUCACUUGGGCGCUAGCACAUCCGUGCUGCGACGUAAGACAGUUGACAUGCGGCGUUCUGUUGCCGAAGUACUGGUACGCAAGAUCCCCGAUGAUCAGCACAACAUUGAAGUGCGCGUCGCCGUUUUAGGUGGCGCCGAUGCAGGCAAAUCCACUCUGUUGGGCGUGCUCACACAAGACGAACUGGACAAUGGUCAUGGACGUGCGCGCCUAAACAUGUUUCGUCACAUGCACGAGAUUCAGUCGGGUCGGACCUCCUGCAUUUCGCAUGAAACUCUUGGUUUCGAUGCAUUGGGAAAUGUGGUUAACUACAAGUACAAUGAAAUGAUGACUGCUGAGGAGAUAAGCGAUAGUUCAACAAAGCUGGUUACUUUCAUGGACCUGGCAGGUCACCGUCGCUACAUGCGCACAACAGUCCAAGCUCUGAGCGGCUAUUCGCCUCACUAUGCGAUGCUUGUGGUGUCCGCUGGCAGCGGAUGCAAUGACACCACCGAGGAGCAUUUGGCCAUUGUGCGUGCGCUGGAUAUGCCAUUCUUUAUAUUGAUUACCAAAACGGAUAUUACAUCGCCAGAUGCCACGCUACAAGAGCUGCGCACGCUGCUCACAAAUAUUGGCUGCCGCAAAGUGCCGUUUAUUAUCACCAAUACCGAUGAGGCCAUAUCAGCAGGCUCGAAUCAGGUAUCUGAGAAUAUUGUGCCCAUAUUUUGCGUCUCAAAUGUGACUGGAACUGGACUCAAUCUGGUCACCAAGUUUCUCUACGUGCUUUCGCCAGGCAUCAGCAAUGCCGAAAAAGAUCGACUGGAACUGGAGCCAUGCGAGUUCCAAAUCGAUGAAAUUUUCCGAGUUACCGACGUAGGUUCCGUUGUGGGAGGCCUGUUGGUACAGGGAGUCCUCACAGAAAAUAUGCCCAUGAAAAUUGGACCACUACCGAAUGGAAGCUUCCAUGCAGUUACCGUGCACACCAUACAUCGCAACAAGGCUCCAUGUCGAGUGGUGCGAGCUGGCCAAAGUGCAUCGUUAUCGUUUACGCCAACUCAGGAGCUGCCACCGCUACGCAGUGGAAUGGUUCUGUUGGGUGAUUCAGGAAACAUUGACGAGCCCUAUGGCACUUACUUCUUUCAAGCCAAGGUCUCUGUACUCUUCCAUGCCACCGCCAUCUAUGUAGGCUUUCAGACAACGGUUCAUAUUGGGAGCAUACGUCAGACGGCGGUUAUACGUGGUAUCAUGGGUGGUGAGAAACUGGGUACCAAUGACUCCGCCUCUGUCAUGUUUGAGUUCGUUGGACACCCUGAGUAUGUACGACCUGGUAUGCGUAUACUAUUCCGCGAGGGAAUGUCCAGCAAGGGCAUAGGUGUUGUUACCCAGGUAUUUCCCGUUAACAAGACACGUACGAAGUAGAUGCAAGCCUGCGGCGGAGCAAAUGAGAUUUCUUCUAUUUGAAAAAUAGAUGCGCGAAUCGGCUCUGCAUUUGGACAGUGAACAGAUUAAUACUUAUUAAAGCUUAUCAAUAUAUCUCAACACGGAUUACAUAUAGAGACAUGUACAUAUUACUUACAAUUAGAGUUUAGAAAUUUCGAUUAGCAUAUGUACAAAACUGAAUAUGCAGAAAUUGUAGCAGAUCUUCUUUAC